AUGCCUUCGUUCCCGGACAGAGUCCAAACCGCCCAACUCACGAUUGGGUACACCUUCGAUGACCCGACCAUUGGAAUGGGGGCAUUAGUCACCCCUGGGGUUGCCCUGCCCGGGCUGCCAACCCGCAUGGAUGGCCACAAGGAGCUUGCCCUUGUUGGAGAUGCUGUCCUUAAGCUGUCACUUACCCUGGAUGGAUACGUAGCUAAAAGAAGCAGAGAAUAUACAAGUAACAUUCUGCAAACCAAAGCCAGCAACGUCAACCUUGCACUAGUUGGGCGUAGGAUGGGUCUCGACAAACUCGUUAUUGUUAAUCCAUCCCAGGCAGGCAUGGUCUCCGACAAAGUCAUGGCCAACACUGUCGAGGCUCUCAUCGGAGCUGUCUAUAUGGACAGUAACUCGAUUGAAGCUGUGCGGCCUGUCUUGGCUGCUAUGGGCCUUGACUGGCCCGCUUGA